CGGCAGUGGCCGCCCGGGCAACGCGCGCCGCGGUGCGGGGAGCGUGUGAGCGGAGAGGUGGCCCGAGUCCGGGUGGCGGGCCGAGCUACCGAUUGGCCAACGGCUCAUUUCAACCCUGCCUCGUUGGUGGCCACUGGAGAAACGCGGGGGGCUCCCCAGACAGCCGUGGGGACAAGUUAGAGCCAGCAUUUAACCCCAGGCCUCGAAUGUAGCUUCCCUUUCCCUGCUUUCUGUGCCCUCGGUGCCCUGGUGUCUGAAGUGCAGUGCGGGUGUGGGGGUGUGCCCUCUGUACAGGUCCCACCACCCGAGCAACUCUGAGCUUGUGUUCCAUCUCACUCUUGUUUUCUGCACGGUGGUUGAGGGGAACCGCUUCCUAUCAUGUCCCGGUAUACCUACCAAAGUCUUCUGGACUGGCUCUAUGGGGGCGUGGACCCCAGCUUUGCAGGCAAUGGGGGCCCCGACUGUGCUGCCUUCCUCUCUUGGCAGCAGCGGCUGCUGGAAAGUGUGGUGGUCCUGACCGUGGCUCUGUUGGAGAUCCUGGUGGCCCUGCGGCACAUCCUGAGGCAGACGAAGGAGGACGGUAGGGAUGGCCAUGGCUGCCAGCCAGAGCAGGUGACCCAGCGGCCAGAGGAAGGCAAGGAGACGCUGAGCAAGAAUCUGCUCUUAGUAGCCCUGUGCCUGACCUUCGGGGUGGAGGUGGGCUUUAAGUUCGCCACCAAGACCGUCAUCUACCUGCUCAACCCCUGUCACCUGGUCACCAUGAUGCAUAUUUUUCUCCUGGCCUGCCCUCCAUGUCCGGGAGCUAUCGUCAUCUUCAAGCUACAGAUGCACAUGUUGAAUGGAGCUCUUCUAGCCUUGCUGUUUCCUGUAGUAAAUACCCGCCUGCUCCCCUUUGAAUUGGAGAUUUACUACAUUCAGCACGUUAUGCUCUAUGUGGUACCCAUCUACCUGCUUUGGAAAGGAGGUGCUUACACCCCAGAGCCCCUCAGCUGUUUCCAGUGGGCACUUCUCUCAACUGGCCUCAUGUUCUUUUAUCACUUCAGCAUCUUACAGAUCCUGGGCCUGGUCACCGAAGUGAAUUUGAACAACAUGCUGUGUCCGGCCAUCUCAGACCCAUUCUACGGCCCCUGGUAUCGCAUCUGGGCCUCGGGACACCAGACUCUCAUGACCAUGACCCACGGGAAGCUGGUCAUCCUGUUCUCAUAUAUGGUUGGGCCCUUGUGUAAAUAUCUGCUGGAUUUGCUCCGGCUUCCAGCCAAGAAAAUAGACUGAAGGUGUUUUUUUUUUUCUCUCCCUGAGGAAAUAAGUCCUGACUUGAUUUGAAGAACACCCAGUUCUUAAUGACAUCUUGGGAGAGGGCAGUACAAUGUUUGGUGUAUUUCUUUUUUCCUCCUUUCUGUCCCUUUCUUCCACCACUCUUCCUUCCCCAGCUCUUCCUCCCAGGACAUUGCCUGGAACAUGGGUGUAGUGCUGAGGGCUGAAUCUGUUCUUCACCCCUUUGCUCCUUCUUCCUGCUCCCAGUGGCCUUACAUAGGGAGACAGUAGUCAGUAGCUUUCACUCUGCUUGUUGGUGCUCUAACAAUGGCUGGUUGAGGAGAAAGGAAACAACAAGCAGUAGUUACUUGGGCAUUGAAGUGAUGAGAUUGGUUGUGUUUCAUUUCUCCACUGCCAGGGACCUACAGGUUUGUUCUGGGGUCCCCUUUGUCUCCAGCAAAACCCCCAUUGUAAGGGGACUGAGACCUUGUUUCUAUACCAGCAGGAAGCCAAGAGCCAUGGGAUUUCCCAACUCAUGGCCAAAAUAGAACUGGCCAGAUUCUUAUCAUUGGUGUCUCAUGACUCAAAGCAAACAACCAACCAGCCAUGAUCUCCAGGAGGCUGCCUGCAGUGGGAUAUGGGACACUACCAGGUCCAAGGGCUUAAUUGCAUUGAAGAGGAUAGAGAGCUGCUGCAGUGGCAAAUCUGAAGUGAACAACAUUCAAAUGUCCACAAGUAAUUCUAGGCAGGACUCUGGGCACAUUCUGCCUGUGAGAGCUGAGGACUAGCCCACAUCCCAAUCAAAAGUGAGUAUAGAAAUUAAUCAACAGAAGUGGUAACUUGAGAAAACAGAAAACAGAUUCGACUCAUAUGUUUCCAUUUCAGUGUCAUGCUGGUAAGAGAUGCCAGUUUAAUCUUGAGUGCCCUUAAAGGUUCUCUCUCUGUCUUUGGUUUUUGUUUGCUUGCCUUUUUUUGCUUUUUGGCUUUUAUUUGCUUGCUCAUUUGUUUUUGGAUGUUUGAGUCUGGAGAAUCCUUGCACCAGGGCAUCUCUCUGAAAGGGCUCUUGCCAAUGCAUUUUGUGGCUUUACAGGAUAUGUUAGUGUCUUGGGUUUCAGAAGAUACAGAUCCUGCUGGUGUUGUCUCCUUAGGGCCAGAUAUCAUCACUGUAGCCAGACACAGUACUGAAUUGUUGAUCAUGGGAGGCAUCACAUGCUCCCCACCCUGCCUACUUCUAAGCCCAUGUCUAGAUUGAAAGGGAGGUACAAAGGAAUUAAAUCCUCAUGGGUGGAGAUGCAGCUGCUCCAAAUGGAAGACCUUUUGUUGAAAGACUAGGUAAGUCACUCAUGGAUCUCAAGAACGGAGACAGUGGCUGGGCUUUUGCUCUUUUCUUAUUAGCUUGUAUUAAGGAGAUUUGCUUAAGAACAGAAAAGAUAGUUCAGUGACUUCCUCUGGUGGGCUUCCCCUCCCAUCUUCCACCCUAGGCAACCCAGUUACCCUGGACCAGUUUCAAUAUUUCAGGUGUUACUGUAUGAGAUGUAGAUUGAGCUUUAGUGACUCAGUGGUUACAAUUUUAACAAAUGGACCUACAGGAGGUAGCAGAAUGUAGGACAGUUUCUGAGCAAGGGGAGGCCCAGGGCAGCAACCAUGGAACCACCCUUUUGCAGAUGCCUGCUGGCACUGAAAUUUCAGCCCCCAGGGUGUGGGGCAACAAGAGGGAGAUCACUGGGUACUCAUAGUCCCCAUGAGCUCUGAGAGACAGGUAACCUUCAUUUUCUGCUGUCUUUGAGGAUACGAACAAGUUUUUCUUAGUGCCUCUCACUCUAGGGUUGCAUUCCAGAAGAGGAACCUUUUGAUUGGCAAGAUUUGCCUUGCCCACCAUCAAAGUGCUGCAUGGAGGAUGGGCCAAUAAGGAAAUGUGCAAGGCCUCCGUGCUCCUCAGCCUCUUUACAAAAGGAAAAGUUAGAAGGAGGUCACGGGUGGAGCCCUUAGGGGCCUGUCCUGCCCCCUGCCAGUGUGUGUGGAGUCUUUGUAGGCAGAUGACAUGCCUCAGCUGGCCACAGGGCUAUAAGUGACUCUGCAGAAGCUCUUUUUCUCCCUGUGUGGCAUGGUACAGGUGGCCAGUCCACCUGGGUUUUCCCUGCAUUGGCAUGCCUCUAAAGCUUGCCUUUGCCCUGGCUACAGCUCAGUGCCCCGUUCUAUCUGGCAUUUUGUACUGCUUGGAAGGAAAGAAGACAGUGAAAGCCAUGUGCCUGCCCUGGCCAAGCCAAAGAUGGAUACACUUGUCAGAGAACGGAAUACGUGAAGGGGAGAUGUAGGGCUUCUGAGGGCCAGGCUGGCUCAGAAACAUGGAGGUGGGAGGAACAGAGAGGAACAGUGAACCUAGUCCAGAGGCUCCACAGGGCACCAGGGACUCUGUUUGAGGUGUUAGGGAGCAGUGUGCAUCUGAAUUGGUCUGUACCUCACUCUCACCUUGGACCAAACCUGGCCAAAAACCUGGCAGCCUGCCUUGGAGAGAGGCGCCCUUACCAGUGGGCCUGAACUUCCCAGCUCCUCUUCAGGGCCUUCGUCCAGUGCCAAGGAGGUUCCCCAACCACUCUGGCCAAGUUUCCAUGUCAUUAGCCAGCGUGUGCAAGCUUAGUGUGUGUUUGAGAGAGUGUUUGUAGGAGUAGGAGUGUUUGUAGGAGUGGAUGACUUCUUUCAAAACAGCCCUAAGAAGAGAAAUGACUGUUCCCUGAAGACCCUGGGUAGCCUUGGCCAAGGAUCUGGGCCAAUGAGAACAGUCUAUUCAGUUGUCCAACUUGUGGCAUCAGCUGAGAAGAGCAGGAAUAUGGUCAUGCCUGCUUGCAGUCUGAGUAUUUGGCUUUGGACACCAAAGAUGACCUGGCCCAUUUUCUUCCCAGUGAUGUAUAACUCUGUGAGCUUAUGAGAAAAGCACCGAAUUUUUCUCCACAGUGCUCUCUCUUUCUCCUUGAACUUCUCAGCAUUCACAGAAGCUGCUUGCAGAGUGGUUGGGCUAAGUUGCAUGGGCAGUGCACUUUACCAUCCAGUACCACAAGUCUAGCUAUCAGAUCAUCUCUUUAGCUGCAGCCUUGGCCAGGGCUUUGCUAUUUGUGCUGCUUGAUAAUUCAGUUUUCUGGGGAGUAGGCAUAGCUACCCACAGAUAACAAAUUGUCAGCAGGUCUCCAGGCACUGGUAUUGGGGCUGGGUGGUGCUGAGGGAGUAAGCCGAGUACCUCACUAGGUGGUGGAAAGCCCUUUUUCCUAUUCCCUUGGCCUAAAAGACUUCCCUGGAUCUCUAGAUGUUGAUCCAGAGUCAUGUGUCCUCUUUGGGAGAUUGAAAGGGAGGUAUGGGAGGAAAAAAGAUGGGCUGAGCCCCUGCCAGUCUGGUUCAGUUGCUUGGGUGACGUCCUGCAAACCAAAGGGUUACUGGCUCUAUUCCUAGUCAAGGCAAAUGCCUGGGUUGUCGGUUCAGUCCCUGGUUUGGGUGCAUAUGGAAGGCAACAAAUUGAUGUUUCUCCUUCACAUCGAGGUUUCUCUCCCUCUCUUUCUCCCUCCCUUCCCCUCUCUUUAAAAUCCAAAUAUAUAUAAAGAAGGGCCAUGUAUGGCAUAGCAGGAUAACAUGCAGGUGCACUGCUGGUUUUGGUGAAUCUGGAGCAGACAUAAGAGGGGGGCCUGCAGCCCUUCGUGUACUCCUUGGCAAGGCCCCAGACAGAAAUGAUCUUCCUCCUUUAUGCCCUACCCUGACCUGCCCUCUGGGUAGCGGGUGUAGAGUCAUGACAGGGAGUGAGCCUUCUUUUUAUAUAUAUAGAUCAAGUCAGUUUGUGCUCAGGAAAACCUGUUAAUUUGUUGUUGCUCUUGUCUGUGACAUUUUUGUACAGUGGUUUGCUGCUCAGUGACAUGAAAUGAAACAAAAGUCAUUUUAAGCAAAGCUCUUGUUUUAGAAACUUCCAGUGUCAGUUUUGUUUAUAUUUUAAAGAAUUAUUCAUUUCUAUUGGUGUUACUGUGGUGGAGAGAAUAAGAUAAUCUGAUCUGUAAUUAUUUCUGCCAAGCAAUUGGCAAAUGCAUCUGUCCCUCUUACACCCCACCCUCAUCCUUCCUCAUCCUGAAGGCUGACCCCUUCCUGUCACUGCUCCCCUCAAUGGCUCCCUUUUAGACCAGUCUAUAUAAUCCCCCUAAAUAGUAGCAUGGUGAGUAUUUUUGCCAAGCUGGUUCUUGGUCCCUCUGCCCCCAUUAGUUUGUUCACUUCUCCGGGCAUUUUGUAAUGAGUUUUCCCUGUUUUCUAAAACCAUUUGAUUGUACCAAGAUGGUUCUGCAGUCACCUUUGGAAAUAAAUGGUUAUUAAUUUAUGUACUUAGCAUUUUGAAUUUUAGUCUUAGGUGGGUUUUUUUUGUUGUUGAUGAUCCCUGAAUGAAAAGGAACCCUCACCAUGGGACUUACUGUUACAAUGUUUUCUUCAUUUACUGUUAUUAAAAGAUUUAUGAGAACACA